CGCAAAUAGUACAUGUUCCCACUUGCAGAGAACAAACUACAACGGGAUAGAGUAGAGCCAACAAAAGAUAACUAAACCAACAAGGCCUUAAGAUUCUCACUCAUCUGAAUUGUCAUCUCCGGCGAUGGCAUCUAUAUUACCGUCGGGACUCUCCCUCAUCAGCUCCUCCGCCGCUCUCCACCACCAGCUUCCUUGCCUGCUCUUCUUAUCUCCGCCGUGCCUAAAGUUUGCUACUUUCGGUAAAUGUUUCCUCUCCGUCCGCCGCAAGCAGUUUUCCGUUACCGCCAGCAGCAACACUUUAACGGCCAAUUCUGCACAGCCAACAAAUGGUGUAUAUACAGUAGGUGAUUUCAUGACGAGAAAAGAUAAGCUACAUGUGGUAAAGCCAUCAACAUCUGUAGAUGAAGCCUUGGAAUUGUUGGUAGAACGCCGAAUCACUGGUUUCCCUGUGGUUGAUGAUGACUGGAAAUUGGUUGGUCUUGUUUCUGAUUAUGAUCUAUUGGCUCUGGACUCUAUAUCAGGUACAGGAGGAGCUGAUGCAAACAUGUUCCCGGAAGUGGGCAGCAACUGGAAAACAUUCAAUGAGGUUCAAAAGUUGAUUAGUAAGACCAAGGGGAAAGUGGUUGGUGAUUUGAUGACACCUGCUCCACUAGUAGUUCGGGAAUCUACCAAUCUUGAGGAUGCAGCAAGACUUCUACUCAAAACAAAAUACCGACGGCUUCCUGUUGUUGAUAGUGAUGGUAAACUGGUGGGAAUAAUAACAAGGGGAAACGUUGUGAGAGCUGCCCUUCAUAUAAAACGGGUCAUUGAAAUGGAAGGCCAACAAUGAUCAAUUGGAUUUAACUGUAGAAGUGCAUAAAUGCAGUUCAAUUUGACAAGGCAAGAAUCAUAUGUUGUGCACAUAAUAGAGUAGAUAAUACAGUUCCACGGCUCCAUGAAAAAUAUGUGCGAGUCAAAACUCUUCACAGGUAUGAGCCACUGAAGAAUAUAUCAUUUGUAAUUGGAAGGAAAAUUUUAGGUGGACAUUAAAAAGAAUGCUUCUUUGAGGUAUGGAACCGAUACGUGGAUGAGCUCCAAUCCAUUGCUUCCACUUGGCUAUAGCUUUGGUAAUUACAUGACUACAAAACUAUUGGUUUAAUGCUGGAAGUUUGCUGAGUUUGGUUAAACCAUAAUUUGGAUCUCCAAAAAAGCAUUAGCUUAGUUUGUGGUUAAUCCAGCUAUUGCGACAGGCUUAAGUUUUACCUCAUUUCUAUUUUACUUAUGCGACACUGGUAGUAGGUAACACAUAAUUUGAUGCAGAAUGAACUCACUUGUCUCAAUUUGAAA